AUGAUUCAAAAAACCGUUAAGUCCUACACUACCAACACCCUCACAUCUCUCUCACACAAAUGCAAAACUCUAAACCACCUCAAGCAAAUCCAUGCCCACCUCCUCAAAUCCCGCCUCCCUGAAAACCCAAUCGCCAUCGGACCUCUUCUCUCGUUCGCCGCCACCUCCACCUCCACCAACGCCGCCUUCUUCUCCUACGCCUGCUCAAUUUUUCAAAACCUUUUCUAUAGAAACAUUUUCAUAUACAACACCAUGAUUCGAGGAUAUCUUCAAGCUCGUUUCCCAAUUCCCGCCAUCUUGUGCUAUCUUGACAUGUUAAAUUAUGGCCUUCCCGCCAAUAAUUACACUUUUCCGCCUUUGAUUAAAGCUUGUUCGAGUCUUUUACCUAAUUAUUCGAAGCCAAUUGGUUGUGUAGUUCAUGGGCAUGUUGUGAAAUUUGGAUUGUCACAUGACCCUUUUGUUGUUACCGCGCUUAUUGAAUUUUAUUCUUUAAAUCUUGAAAUGGAAAGUGCACGGAUGUUGUUUGAUAAAAUUCCUGAAAGAGAUGUUGUAUUGUGGACCGCAAUGAUUGAUGGGUAUGGGAAGAUGGGGGAUGUUGAGAAGGCACAAGCGUUGUUUGAUGUAAUGCCCGAGAGAAAUGUGAUCUCUUGGAGUGCAAUGAUGGCAGCUUACUCACGGAUUAAUGAAUUCAGAAAGGUGCUCAGUUUGUUUAGAUGGAUGCAAGAAGUGGGCACAGAGCCAAAUGAGUCAGUGUUAGUGAGUGUUCUGACCGCUUGUGCUCACCUUGGUGCUCUUGCACAAGGAUUGUGGAUCCACUCCUACGCUAAGCGGUGCAAUCUUGAAUCCAACCCAAUACUAGCCACUGCGUUGGUUGACAUGUACUCAAAAUGCGGUUGUUUGGAGUCAGCAUUAUCAGUGUUCAAGGAUAUUCCUAAUAAGGAUGCUGGAGCAUGGAAUGCCAUCAUUUCCGGGGCUGCAAUGAAUGGAGAUGCUAGAAAAUUACUCAAUCUAUUCGACAAAAUGACAAUUGAUGGUACUCGACCCACAGAGACCACAUUUGUUGCUGUUCUCACCGCUUGCACGCACGCAAGGUUGGUUGAGGAUGGCCUUAAAUUGUUUGAACAAAUGGGUACAUUCUAUGGGGUCAAACCCAAGUUUGAGCAUUAUGCUUGUGUAGUUGACCUUUUGGCUAGAGCGGGUAUGUUGAAGGAAGCCGAGAAGUUUAUAGAGGAGGAAAUGGGUGGUAUAGAACGAGCAGAUGCAAAUGUGUGGGGAGCUCUAUUGGGUGCUUGUAGAGUGUAUGGAAAUGUUGAAAUUGGAAACAGAGUUUGGAAAAAGUUGGCUAGGAUGGGAGUAUCGGAUUGUGGAACGCAUGUGCUAUCGUACAAUAUCUACAGGGAAGCAGGCUGGGAAAUGGAGGCAAGGAGAGUCAGAAGAUUUAUUGCAGAGACGAGAAUGAAGAAGAAACCGGGUUGCAGUGUUAUAGAGGUGAAUGGUGUUGUUGAAGAGUUUCUUGCAGGUGAUCUUUCUCAUACCCUGUCAAAAGAGAUAUGUGAACUGCUUGAUUCUUUAUUUAACAUGAUGUAUCUUGUUGAGUAA